AGCCACUCCUGCAUCCACCCAAGCCGAUCUCCGCCUUCUCUUGAGUCUUGACCUUCUCUCUCAGCUCAGGGAAGCGGGAAACUUUCUUGAUCCUCCGAUAUUGAUACAUACAAAACCUAUCAUUUCUUGCCAUGGCCGCGAAAUCUUGGAACCCGUUCUCGUGCUGCGUCGGCGGCGCCAGAGUGGCUGACGACGACGAUCAUUGCAAGCGGCGGAUCGGGCGGAGGGGGAAUGGCUGCCCGAGGUCGUCGUCGAGGAUGUCCUUCAAGAGCUUGAGCUCGUCAGGGACGCUUUCGCCGGAGGAUCUGUCCAUCACGCUGUCCGGCUCCAAUCUGCACGCCUUCACCUACGCCGAGCUCCGCGCGGCGACUGGGAGCUUCUCGCGCGCCAACUACCUCGGCUGCGGCGGCUUCGGCCCGGUCUACAAGGGCGCCGUCGACGACAAGCUCCGCCCCGGGCUGGACGCGCAGCCGGUCGCCGUCAAGUACCUCGACCUGGACUGCGGCACGCAGGGCCACAAGGAGUGGCUGGCAGAGGUUUUCUUUCUUGGGCAACUGAGGCACAAGAACCUGGUGAAACUGAUCGGGUACUGCUACGAGGACGAGCACCGGAUGCUGGUCUACGAGUUCAUGAGCGGCGAGAGCCUGGAGAAGCACCUCUUCAAGAGCAUAAAUGGCUCUCUCCCCUGGAUGACAAGGAUAAAGAUCGCUGUUGGUGCGGCCAAGGGCCUUGCCUUUCUCCACGACGCAGACCCGCCGGUGAUCUACCGCGACUUCAAGGCCUCCAACAUCUUGCUCGACUCGGAUUACAACACCAAGUUGUCCGACUUUGGCUUGGCCCAGGAUGGGCCCCAGGGCGACGAGACACACGUGACAACACGUGUCAUGGGGACGCAUGGUUAUGCGGCUCCAGAAUACAUCAUGACGGGCCACUUGACUACCAAGAGCGAUGUAUAUAGCUUUGGUGUAGUGCUCUUGGAGCUCAUCUCCGGGCUACGGUCUGUGGACCGUGCACGACGGCCGAGGGAGCAGAACCUGGUGGCUUGGGCUAGACCAUAUCUCAAGUGCUCUGACAGAUUGUACAAAGUCAUGGACCCAUCGCUUGAGUGUCAAUACUCAUGCAAAGGCGCCGAAGCGGCAUCACUGGUGACAUACAAGUGUCUCAGCCAGAACCCAAAGUCUAGGCCCACCAUGAGGGAGGUGGUCAAGGCCCUCGAGCCCGUCCUCAGCAUGGAAGACUUCUUUCAUGUGGGCCCAUUUGUGUUCACGGUCAUUGUCGAGGAGGACAAGGUAGUGGACAUGAAGGUGAAGGUCGAGGAGAAGCACCAGAACCAUCAAGACAGGCACCGACAGAGGUACCCCGACUCAGCAAUCCAUGCCGGCAUUGUGCUCCGCGGCCGCGAUGGGUUCACUACCGGGUACACUGGUGCGCAGUGGCGGCAACAAAGGUCGUCGAGCUACCACCAGGAGAAAGGGGCAUAGGACUAAGGUAGGGAAGUAAGUAGGACAAUAUAGUAUGCACAGAGUAUAGAGAUGUGAUACAAUGUCACAUUAGUUUGUUUCAGAUUUGUGGGUUGUGUUUCUUUUCUUCUUUACAGUUUCGGAAAGGUCUCAGGGCCUCACGCCCAUCUUUCUUGUUGAUAGUGACAACGGGGGUUAGAUAAAUAUAGGAUGCAAAAUAGUGUGAAAAGGUCCGGUUUUAAUUUUCGCAAGGAUUGUUCAAGAUGUUGUGCCUAGUUAAAAGUGAGACGAGUACCAUGCAUGUCUCGGCAAACUUCACACAGAAAAAGAACACAGAUU